CCCAUCAUCUAAAAUUCUUGGAAAACAUUUCUGUAAGCAUGGCCAUAGUUGAAUGCAUGAUUAAAUUUCUAUUUCUAUGUAUUUUAUUCAUCUGCCAAAUACUUUUUAGUGAAGGGAGGCACCUAAGUUCAUUAGUCCAAGUAGUAAUGAUCAACUCUGACAAGAUUUCUUCUCAAAAAGCCAAUUAUAGAAAGCUUAGGACACAACUUUCAUACAAAUCUGACCAUAUUAAAAGAUCACCCACAAAAACUAGUUCAGAAAUAACCCCCGACGAUUCCAAACCUAUUAAGCCAACACAAUCUUUCAUGAGCGACACAAAGAAAUGGUCACAAAACAAGCCGACUAAAAACACUAAGAUGUCGAAUACCUUAGAAACAUCAGUAGAUGAUUUCCGACAUACUACACCAGGUCGUAGCCCUGGUGCAGGACAUGAAGGAGAAGACAAGAGAUACUCUAGCCUCAAAUCUACAAAAUUACAUAACAUUUUUCCCACUUCACAAGCUCCUACCUCAUCAUUUAGCUAUUCAACACUCGGAAUUACCAACGAUUUUCGACCUACCUCACCGGGUAGUAGCCCUGGUGCCGGGCAUUCAGAAACAAACCAAAUUGCAGGAGGCCUAGAUGAUUACCGGCCUACUAGCCCUGGUCACAGUCCAGGAGCAGGGCAUGCUAGUUUCACUAUCCAAGAGCCAAAGUCAUAAACUACUACACUGUCCAUGAAAUUAUAAUGAUAUGUACCAUUUUUACUCAUAGCUCUGCUUUUUAAAGUUAAUGAUCCGUAGAAAUAC